CGAGCGGCGGGAGCGGAGGGGCGGCCGCGGGGCCGCCGCCACCAGGGAGGACCCGCCGUGGUGCUGCUCCAAAAUGCACAGGACCACCAGGAUAAAGAUCACCGAGCUGAACCCCCACCUGAUGUGCGCCCUGUGCGGCGGCUACUUCAUCGACGCCACCACCAUCGUGGAGUGUCUGCACUCCUUCUGCAAAACCUGCAUCGUCCGCUACCUGGAGACCAACAAGUACUGCCCCAUGUGUGAUGUCCAAGUGCACAAAACCAGGCCCCUCCUCAGCAUCAGGUCGGACAAAACCCUUCAGGACAUUGUGUACAAACUGGUCCCAGGGCUUUUCAAAGAUGAGAUGAAGAGGCGCCGUGAUUUCUACGCGGCGUAUCCCGUGGCUGAGGUUCCCAACGGGUCCAACGAGGAUCGUGGCGAGGUGUCCGAGCAGGACAAGGGGAACCUGACGGACGACGAGAUCGUCAGCCUGUCCAUCGAGUUCUACGAAGGCUCCAGAGAGGAGAAGAAAGGGACCAUCGAAAACGGGGAACUGGAGAAGGAGAAGAGCAACGGGCUGCGGUUCCUGCGCUGUCCCGCUGCCAUGACCGUCAUGCACCUGGCCAAGUUCCUCCGCAACAAGAUGGAUGUUCCCAGCAAGUACAAGGUGGAAGUCCUGUAUGAAGAUGAGCCCCUGAAGGAAUAUUACACCCUGAUGGACAUCGCCUACAUCUACCCCUGGAGGAGGAACGGCCCCCUGCCUCUGAAAUACCGCGUCCAACCCGCCUGCAAGCGGCUCAAGCUGUCCCACCCGGCCCCCUCCGAGGGCACCAACACCAGCGGCGCCUCCGAGUGCGAGUCGGGCAGCGACAAAGCCCACAGCCCCGCCACGCUGCCCGCCACCUCCUCCUCCCUGCCCAGCCCUGGCACCCCGUCCCACGGCUCCCCCAGCUCCGGCACCGGCACCACCCUCAACGGCACCUCGAACUGCCACCCCCUGGCACCCACCGGCGCCCGGUGCCGCAAAACGACUGUGAACGGCAGCGCCGGCUCAGCCUUGACCUAAAAACCCGCCCCAGCAGGGACUGCCCCGGCCGGCUUUUCUAUGUGGAUGAUGUUCCUAUACAGACCUAUA